GGCGCACCGCGAACUUCCGUCCAACGCAUUCCCACUGCAUCAUCAGUUUGGAGCUAAAACGUACAAAGUUUUUUGAAGUUCGCACUUUCCGACUGAGCCGACAGCUGACAGCCGCCGAACACAGACCCUCCUCAGGAUGAUUUUACUGACGAUGGUGGCCCGAGUGGCGGACGGACUGCCGCUGGCUGCGUCCAUCCAGGAGGACGAGCAGUCAGGAAGAGACCUCCAGCAGUACCAGAGCCAGGCCAAGCAGCUUUGUCGUAAACUCAAUGCUCAGAGUCCAGACCGGUGCACCCUGGAGACCGGUGACAUGAACUUUCACUAUUUAAUAGCUCAGGGUGUAUGCUACCUGUCCCUCUGCGAGGCUUCUUUCCCCAAAAAGAUGGCUUUUGCGUACCUUGAGGAUCUCCACAACGAGUUCUAUGACCAGUAUGGAAGAAGAGUACCCACAGUAACGAGGCCGUACUCUUUCAUCGAAUUUGACACAUACAUCCAGAAAAUGAAGAAGUCGUACGUCGACAGCAGGGCCCGGAGGAACUUAGGCAGCAUUAACACAGAGCUACAGGACGUCCAGAGAAUCAUGGUGGCAAAUAUCGAGGAAGUUCUGCAAAGAGGAGAAGCUAUUUCUGCUCUAGAUACAAAAGCCAGCAAUUUGAGUUCCCUGUCGAAAAAGUACCGCAGUGAUGCAAAGUACCUGAACACUCGCUCCACCUACGCCAAGGUGGCUGCUGUGGCGGUGUUCUUCAUCACACUCAUCAUCUAUGUGCGUUUCUGGUGGCUCUGAAGGACGCUUGGACAAGGACUUUAACAUUAAGAAGGCGCUUCUCUCCAAAAAGCAUUUAAACCAAUCCUAUUACAUUUCUAUUGUAUACCAGGGUGCCUUGAAGGGGUCUUACAGUCUACCGACAUUCAGGUAGACGUUCUUUCUCUGCUUCUUUCGGCUUUGGGUUAUGCCACCUAUGCGGUAUAAACUGAGCGUAGGUCUGUGAAACUUCUCUGUGUAUGAAAGCAAAUGUUGUACGGUGAGUUUCAUAUUGGAAAGCUUAAGAACAGUAUGUUGACAAAGUAAUAUGUUUACACUGGUAUUGGGGCUUCUUUCUGAGUUUCAGCAUUAAGGAGAGACCACAUGCAGACGUUUGGGGAAAUACUGUGAUAAAAUGUUUAAUGUUUACAAAGUUUACACAAUUGUAAGAAAGUCUUAUUGAUAAAAAAUUAAAUAUUUAUCAAAGAUUCA